UAUUUCUGGCUUAAGGCUCAGCUGAUUGUGGGCCUGAAGAUUCUGGCCCUCCCUAUUUGUGUGUGUGUGAGUUUUCUUGUAGUCAGUUGUUGAGGCUUAUUAGGAAAAGAGGGAGUAGUCCUGCAGCAGAGGGGGGACUUGCUGAAUGUUGGAGGAUGCAGAUCUCUGGGCUUUAACAGAAGUUGCUGAGGUGAUAACUUUUUUUCGGGGUCUGGGUGGGAACUGCUGUCACCUCACUUUCCAGGCUGUCAAUCCCCCGCUUUUACCUCUACUUUUACCCCGAGGAAGAAAACCACUUGGAUCAAACUUUCACACUAACUGCAGGCUGUUCGUUCUGGGAGGAUGGAGAUGAGCCCCAUCCCGGUGGUGACGGUCCAAACCGCCCCCUUCGAGGACCAGAGGCCCGGUACCAACGGGCUGCGGAGGAAGACUGCGGUGUUCGAGGGGAAGAAGAACUACCUGCAGAACUACAUCCAGAGCGUGCUGUCCUCCAUCGACCUGCGGGACAGACAGGGCUGCACCAUGGUGGUGGGCAGCGACGGCCGCUACUUCAGCCGAGCUGCCACCGAGGUGAUCGUGCAGAUGGCAGCUGCGAAUGGGAUUGGUCGUCUGGUAAUCGGCCACAAUGGGCUCCUGUCCACCCCUGCUGUUUCCUGCAUCAUCAGGAAGAUCAAGGCCAUUGGUGGGAUCAUCCUCACAGCCAGUCACAACCCCGGAGGCCCCGGAGGAGACUUUGGAAUCAAGUUCAAUGUGGCGAAUGGAGGACCGUCUUCAGAUACAGUGAUGGAGAGAAUCCACCAGGUCAGCCGGACGCUCGAGGAAUACGCCAUCUGCCCAGACCUCCGCAUUGACCUGUCCAGGCUGGGAAGACAAGAAUUUGACCUGGAGAACAAAUUCAAACCUUUCAGAGUGGAGAUUGUCGACUCGGUUGAGGUGUAUCUACAAAUGCUGCGAAACAUCUUCGACUUCAGCGCCAUUAAAAGUCUUCUCUCCGGACCAGAUCAGCUCAAGAUCCACAUAGAUGCCAUGAGCGGCGUGAUGGGCCCCUACGUGCGCAGGAUCCUCUGUGACGAGUUGGGAGCUCCCGCUAACUCGGCAGUCAACUGCGUCCCCCUGGAGGACUUUGGGGGCCGACCUCCGGAGCCCAAUCUGACUUACGCCACCUCUCUGGUGGAUGCCAUGAAGGGAGGGGACUUUGGCUUAGGAGCUGCGUUUGAUGCGGACGGGGACCGCUACAUGAUCCUUGGAGAAAAUGGCUUCUUUGUGAACCCAUCAGACUCAGUGGCCAUCAUGGCUGCUAACCUCUCCACAAUCCCCUACUUCAGACAGAUGGGAGUGAGGGGCUUUGCCAGGAGUGUGGCCACCAGCACCGCCAUAGACAGGGUAGCCAAAGCCAUGAAACUGGCGCUCUAUGAGACUCCGACAGGCUGGAGGUACUUUGGGAACCUGAUGGAUUCCGGGCGUUGUUCUCUCUGCGGGGAGGAAAGCUUUGGAACAGGUUCGGACCACAUCCGUGAGAAGGACGGGUUGUGGUCUGUGUUGGUGUGGUUGUCCAUCAUGGCCGCCAGGAAACAGGGUGUGGAGCAGAUCGUCAGAGAACACUGGGUCAAGUUUGGACGUAACUAUUUCUGCAGAUUUGACUAUGAAGGCCUGGACCCACGAGCAUCCUUUUACCUGAUGAGGGAUCUGGAGGGAGUAAUGUCAGAUAAAGCAUUCACCAACCAGAAGUUUGCUGUAGGAGACCACGUAUACAGCGUGGAGAGGGCCGACAACUUCGAGUACAUCGACCCCGUGGACGGAUCUGUAGCUCGAAACCAGGGUUUAAGGAUUGUCUUUAAUGAUGCAUCGCGCCUGGUGUUUCGGAUGAGCGGGAGCGGAGGAGGGAUGGGAUCCACCAUCCGUAUUUAUGCUGAGAGCUUCGAGAGAGACCCGGAGAGACACAACAGAGAGACACAGGUGGUGCUGGGUCCUCUCAUCGCCAUCGCCCUGAAGAUCUCCAACAUCCACGAGAGGACGGGACGCCGCGGCCCCAAUGUCAUAACAUGAGCAGCCAGGACAAGCACACACACACACGCAGGCACAAACACACACACACACACACGACUUCUACCUGCUCACACACUGAAAAAAAAACACCUUCAAAACACACAUCUCUUGUCUGAUUAUUUGGCUCUUUUUUUUAAUCCUGUCUCUGUAGCUUUAUUCUCAUUUUUUAAAUUCUUCCUGAUGACUCAACAGACUGUGCUUACUCCCGGAGUUUAUGUUGUGCACUUUUCUAACAUUUGUUUAAUGACCACUAUCAUCUGUUAGACAUUGAAAACUGAAGAAAUGAUGUGUCCAAACCAGGGAGGUGAUCUAAUUAUGAGCACGGAUAAAUAAUUAAGCCAGUAUCUAAACAGCAGACGUAAUAAAGGUGCAGACUGUUAAUGUUGUGAGUAAGAGAGCCUGUAAUUUUUCACUGUAUUGCUUUAACCUGUCUUGUCAUUUAUAUCUAAUAUAAUUGUUUUUUCAUAGCUCUUUCAUGAACUGUUGUCCAAGUGUAAAAUGAAACAGGCUAUGCGUCAUAACUAAUUAGUUUACGUUGUUCAUGCAUAUCUCUAUUUUAAAUUUGUCAUAUUCGUGUUUACUACCUGAUGGCAGGGUGCUCAAAAUGUAAAAAAAAAAAAAAAAGAAGAAGAAGUAAAUAGCAAAUGACGUCUGAGGUGAAGAAAAUUAUUUUUUGUAUUUUUUUGCUCAUUCGACCAUUUCUUUGAUCUGCUAGUGUACGCUCGAUAAUGCUAUUUGAAUAUCUUUUUUUCUUUUUUUCAAUCCAAAUAAACUUUUUUGUGUGUAUA